AUGGCGAAACGGAAGAGUACAUCUGCGAACACUGGUACUACUAGUGCAGGCCCAGCUACCACUCACUGGACUGAUGAAGAGACCUCCCGCCUCAUUCAGUAUCUCACACUUCAUUGCGCUGAAGGUGGAGAUGGUACUAACUUCAAACAGUCAACCUUUACCACUGCAGCGGCUUAUUUAUUGAAGCCCCUGGACGGCAUUCCAAAGGAGGACCAUGUAGCUGGAAUCAAAAGGGAUGGGCUGUCAUGCAAGAACAAAUGGAUCAUGUGCAAGAAAAAGCAUACCGCUAUCGUCGAUAUCAAAUCACAAUCAGGCUUUUCAUGGGACGAUGAACUCAGCGCAAAUAUCGGCCCAGCCGACGCUGCGCAUUGGACUGCAUUUGCAAAUGCGCGUCCCAAUACAAGGCCAUUCCGCAACAAAGGUUGGAAACACUUCGACGAGAUGGACGACGUUUUGCACACGCAGAUCCCACACGGCACCAAUGCUUUUCACGCAGGCCAGGAAACGUUCCAAUCACAAUACAACGUCAGCAACGAAGGCCCAGGUGUUGAUGCUGUGGAGAAUGAGCCUGUAGCGCCUGACUUGGGAGACUUGGGAGACUUUGGAGACUUGGGAGACUUGGGAGACUUGGGAGGCUUGGGAGGCUUGGGAGGCUUGGGAGGCUUAGCGGUUGAGGGAGACAUUGAGAGGAUUGUGGAGAGAGACUCAACUGGGCUGGAUGACGAUGAAGACGAUAUCAUUCCUUGGGAAGCGACUCCUCCUCCUCCUCCUCCUCUCUCAAAACGAAAAUUCGCUGCCAUGUCUUCAACUCCAUUGCUUACCCCUUCAACUAGAUCUUGUUCUUCUGGUCCGCAAUCAAAACGUCAGCAUGCCAGCGGAUCAGCCACUGCACUCUAUGCAAUUAAUGAUCGAUUUUCAGAGUUCACUGACGUCUUUUGUGUAGCUACACAAUCGGAAAAAUCGGCUAUCGCCUUAUCGCCUCAGCGCAAGCAGGCAGCAAUGCGGCGUGCUCAACUACUAGAAACACAUCUCGACGACGACAACAUGGCUGCACUUAUCGAAGCUUUUCAGGUGGACGUCAGCGCCGCUGAUGCAUAUAUGGUCAUGUCCGACGAAGGGCCAAGGAGGUCUUUUGUUGACCGCAAUAUCAAAUCUAUCAACAAGUAG